UAGAGUUUGUUCGAGUAGACAGUAAAAAGGAUUCUCAUAGCUCGACCAGCAACAUCAAUACCAGGGCGGGUAGGCCACCUUGAGAGUCAGAGAGACCAGCGAACUGCCCAGCGUCGGCGAGUCGCAGGGAAAAAACACGCUGGAAAUCACGUAACUGAUCUUUUUCCGAACUGACGGUCCCUUCACGUGGGUCCCGUCACGUGGGUCCCUUCACGUGAUCUUUUUCAAAUUUGAAAGUUCCCUCACGUGUGCAUUACAAACAACAGCGUAAUGAUGAAGACACAGGAAGAGCGGUAUGUUGAGCUCGUUUACCGCGCAGUGAGAGAGCUACAGGAGUACCAUUCUAGUGUCUCGAGACAGAAGAUCGUCGAGAACGUUCAGAGUGCUUGUCGACGCGGGAAAAAUGUUAUACGACUCGCAAAGCUUGCUAUCAUAAAAGCCGUCGAAGUUGGUCUGAUUAUACGAACGUCAGGAUCAGGACUCAACGGCUCGUUUAUAAUAAACAAGAAAAAGAUUUCACCUGACUGGGACUUUGAGAGGACAAUGGUUCAACAACGGCGGGUCGAACCGGUAAGGAUUCUUGUUAGAGAAGCGGGCAAAGAACCUCGCAAAAGUAAGAGCGCACCGCCAACAACAAGUCAUGGCAACAGGGCAAGGUAUCGAAUGCAUUUUGCUCCGCCUCUCUCGCCCAUACCCGAGCGAUCGAGAGGAAACUGGCCAAAGCCAAUCUUGAAAUCGCCAAGGAGUCAAUCCUCGGAGCGGAGAGUUCACUUCAGCGCGCGAAGCCCAAAGGUAUUCUGGAUUUCUUCAACUCUAAAUAGACGCAGACAAAGAAGAGUACGGUCUUCGUAGACCCGCGACAUUCUCCAAGACAUCAUUGUAGCAAACCACAGGUGAUAAGGUCACGAUGGUGAGGUCACGAAACGUUUCGAUUGCAUUUUAAACUUCGUUAUCAGAUUGCCAAUCAAUCUAAGGGAUACUUCCAUGGUUAAUCAUAGAUGAUGUGAUGCACCGCCACGCGCUCAAUAAAUGUAGUCUCGCUGUU